GUCGAGGAACCCACCCGGGAACAAUUGCGACGCGUGGCCUUGGUCACCGCCGUGCCCUUUGUCGGCUUUGGCAUUAUGGACAACGCCGUCAUGAUUCUCGCCGGAGACGCGAUUGAUACCAGUCUAGGUGUACUCCUGGGGAUAUCGACCAUGUGUGCCGCCGCGAUUGGCAACAUUGUCAGUGACGUGGCUGGCAUUAUGCUCGGGACCGUCAUUGAAGAUUUUUGUACCAAUCAAUUGGGUUUGCACGCACCACCACUCUCCACGGCCCAACGGCAAUUGCGUUCGGUGCGCUUCGCCAAUCAGUUUGGCUGUGCCGUCGGUAUUGUCAUUGGUUGCAUUAUCGGGAUGCUCCCUUUGCUCUUUAUUGACUCGCAGAAAGUACAAGUCCGCAAACGACAA